UCUAGGCUGUUCUUGUGUAGAUCAUUAUCACAGCUUAUUGUCAAUUGUCAGUUUGUGGCAAAUAUUGGUUUUGAAACAGUAAAAAAGUGAUAUUUUCUAGCAAGAUUGCAUUUUGACUCUGAUUUUAAUUCAGUUCACACAAUUGAUCUCUAACUUGGUUCGACCAUGAUCUUCCAUCUAGAUUGCUGCCCCUCUGCAGCCCUCAUAAUUCUUCUGUCGGCCAUCGGGACUGUUUGGAAUGAAGAGGCGGAGCCGUGUCGAGAAGAAUGUACCGGAGGCUUUGAGAGAAUUGAAGGUCUGAAGCACUGCUACAAGUUUCUGCUGGAUUUGGGCCCUGUCAGUCAGGACAAGGCGGUCACUGCCUGUGGAAUUGAGAGGGGAUCCACUUUGGUCACAUUCGACAAUGUAGGCGAUGACCAAACAAUACGCGACCACUUCGUCGCCAAGUUUCGCGACGACAUCGAAAGUAGCCCGGCAUUUAUCGAUGCCUCUGGCUUCUGGACUGGCUACUUGCGGGAUUACGGCAGCAGUGACUACCCCUUCGUUAAUAUGAUAUCCGGAGCCCUGAUGAAUAUGUUAAUGUUCAGGCCAGGGCAGCCCAAUAACGACAUUCUGGGGAAAAAUGGAAUGGAGGCAUGUGUGAGCAGGAAGCAGAUCCUUAACGAAGCGACCGGCAAGCACAACCACACUGGCCUGGACGACUUCACUUGUGCAUAUCCCAACUGGGCCAUCUGCAUGCCACGAGCGCCAUUCAAACUCCCGUUUGCCACUUGGUCCAAGAGUAGCAUCUGGAAGCAAAACCAUCCGGGACAAAAAUUACAAUCAGGCGAAGGCUGGAAAAGCAACAUCAGACUCCAAAUUUUCAAUCACAAUUGUUGGAUUGGUUCAUAUUGUCAAUCAUUACCAUAUCAU